AUGGCCAACAACCUCGGCUUCACCCUCACGCCAGAUUCCAUGGCGACGUUCAGGGACGCCGCUUGGCCAAUGCUGGUCAUGACCUUUAUGGCCUUUGCCGGAAAUACUUGCUAUCCGGUCUUCCUGCGACUUUGCAUCUGGACCACGUCGCAGCUGGUACCAAAACAGUCCCAGACGAAGGAGACGCUGCAGUUCCUUCUUGACCACCCGCGGAGAUGUUAUACGCUCCUCUUCCCUAGCCGCCCCACCUGGCUUCUGUUCGGUACUGUGUUCAUACUGAACUUUGUCGACGUUCUACUCAUUAUCGUACUGGACCUGGAUAAUCCAGCUGUUACAGACCUUCCUAUGGGCCCCCGUAUCCUCUCGGCACUGUUCCAGGCCGCAUCUGCUCGUCACACCGGCACCUCUACGCUGAAUCUUGCAGAGGUUAAUCCUGCAGUUCAGUUUAGCCUACUAACGAUGAUGUACAUCGCUGUCUUCCCGAUUGCCAUCAGCGUCCGCGCCUCCAACACGUAUGAGGAGCGAGCAUUAGGCAUCUGGGCGCCUGAUGCUACCGGCCUCGACGAGAAUAAUGGCGUGUCGUACGUCAUGGAUCAUAUGCGGAACCAGCUUAGCUUCGAUCUCUGGUAUAUCUUCCUCGGAACCUUUCUUGUUUGCAUCGCCGAAGCGCGGCGCAUUACAGAUUUGAGUGAACCGUCUAGCGGCAACGUUGGUCUAUCACUCGGCGGUCCACUUGGUAACACGUCCAUGUCCGGACAUUAUUCCGUCUUCAGCAAGAUGGUCAUCUGUCUCAUGAUGGUCCGGGGCCGUCACCGCGGGCUGCCCUACGCUUUGGAUCGAGCUAUUACCCUACCAACUGGGCACGAUAACGACACUCAAAUGGAAGAAACGACAAGGCCCUUCAGAUUCGAGAGCUUUCCCCCAGCUGGCGCGAUGGUUCCAUUGACCAAAGCGCACACAACAUCCUGA